AUGGAAGGCAAGAAGGGCGUCAAGGUGCCCCAUGGCCCUCUCCUCUCCUCCUCCUCCUGUAGCACGUCCCUCUCUGGCGCGCUGCACCACCACCACUUCCCCCCGGCGCCGUGCCAGCGUCAUGCACAGAGGGCACGAGGGGCGAGGCUCUAUCCUCCUCCUGCAGCAGGCCCCUCUCUGGCGAGCUGCACCAUCAUCCACCACUUCCCCCUGGUGCCGUGUCAGCAUCAAGCAUGGAAGGCACAGAUGGCGAAAAGGUCCCCAUGUCCCUCUCCUGUAGCGCGUCCCUCUCUGGCGAGCUGCACCACCAUCCCCCUCCACGACCAGCUCUGCCUCAAGAGAGGAGGGCAACAAGGGCGAGUAGCCGCCCCCCACCGCCACACGUGUUACAGCCGCCCCCCACCGCCACACGUGUUACAGCCGCCCCCCACCGCCACACGUGUUACAGCCGCCCACCACUGCCACUGGAAGCCCAGACUGCCGCCCCACUGCCCUCUGCCGCUCCACUGCCCUCUGCCGCCCCACUGCCCUCUGCCGCCCCACUGCCCUCUGCCGCCCCAUUGCCCUCUGCCGCCCCACUGCCCUCUGCCGCCCCACUGCCCUCUGCCACCCCAUUGCCCUCUGCCGCCCCUCUGCCCUCUGCCGCCCCACUGCCCUCUGUCGCCCCUCUGCCCUAUGUCGCCCCUCUGCCCUCUGUCGCCCCUCUGCCCUCUGUCGCCCCUCUGCCCUGCCCUGUGCUGCGGAGGGCACCAAGGGCCGGAUGAUGCCUCGUGGCCCUCUGCUCCUCCAGCACGUCUCUUCAACACACUACACCACCACCACUUCCCCCUGGCGCCGUGGCAGCAUCAUGCAUGGACGGCGUGGAGGGCGAGAAGGUGCCCCUAUGGCCUUCUCCUCCUUCUCUUGAGCGACGUCCCUCAGGCGAUCUGCACCACCACCACUUCCUCUGGUGCCGUGUCAGCAUCAAGCAUGGAAGGCGCGGAGGGCAAGAAGGAGCCCCUAUGGCCCUCUCCUCCUGCAGCACGUCCCUCAGGCGAUCAUGGGGCAGCGGCUCUUAGCGGCUCUUAG